UCUGUGCCUGAGUGAGUUUAUCCCAGUGAUUAAUCAUUAAUAAUGAUUGUUUCUGCAGAUCAGUUUUGAGACUCCCUCACAUGAAGUGAAGACUGUGUCCUUUGGUUUCUGCAGGCUCUGGACAAGGACACCAUCAUGCUGUUCUCGUUUCUGUGCCUCCUUGCAGCUUUCACUGCAGCUCUGAAACCUUCCAUCAAGUCUUGUUCCAGGGACCAGAAUAACCUGAACUGUGUGAAUCGCAAUUUUACCGAGAUCCCCCAAGUGCCAACAGACGUCAUCAAGCUCAACUUAAUCCACAACAGAAUCAGGCUUAUUGAAGAGACAUCAUUUUCUCAGUCACUAGCUCAGCUACAGAUUCUCUUAAUUGGAUUACAGACAGAGCCGCCAAUGCGUGUUGGAGCAAGAGCGUUUACCAAUCUUCCCAAUCUGAUUUACCUCGAUCUGGGAGGAAAUAAAGAAUUAGACCUGGACAUGGAGGCAUUUGCUGGGCUACACAAACUGGAAAUCCUUUAUCUUGACUACAACGGUCUGACUGACUCAAUCCUGCAACGCGGAUAUUUUAAAUAUUUAACCUCACUGCACACCCUCAUUCUUGAUGGAAACAAUAUAAAACAAAUCAUACCAGAUUCAACAUUUUCUAACCUGAACGCUUUGAGCAAUGUUCAUUUUAAGGCAAAUGACAUUCAUCAGAUUUGUCAGGGUGAUCUGGACAAUGUCCGACCGAGGUAUUUUAAAACAUUCAGCAUCUCCUCAAACAGGCUCUUGUACAAAAGUGAAAGCUUUGAUUGGAAUCAGUGCGGCAAUCCUUUCAAGGACAUAUUGCUGUACACGUUGGACAUUUCAGGAAUUGCCCUUAAUGUCCAGCAGCUAGAGAAGAUGUUUAUAGCUAUGAAAGGAACACUUAUUAUCCACCUGAAGAUGCAAUACCUGUCCACCGUUGGUAGUUCAUUUGGUUUUCAUAACAUAGAAGACCCAAACAAGCAGACACUGGUUGGUCUCAGUGACAGUUCGCUCCUGAAUCUGGAUAUGUCCCACGGGUCCAUCUUUACACUUGCAACCCAAGUAUUUUCACACUUACCUUCCUUGCAGGUGCUUACAUUAUCUUUCAACAAGAUCAAUCAGAUUGAAAAGAACGCAUUCUUUGGCCUUGACUCCCUUCUCCAGUUAAACCUUUCCUUCAAUCUACUGGGGGAGAUCUACUCAUCGACCUUCGAAGGUCUGAGGAAUGUCACCUUAAUUGAUUUGCAACACAACCACAUUGGAAUCAUUCAGCACGAUUCGUUCCAUGGACUGGAUCAGCUGACCACAUUGAAUCUUCGGGACAAUGCACUCUCGGUUAUUUCUGGCUUUCACUAUCUCCCAAAAAUGACUUAUUUCUUAGUGGGUCUGAACCGACUCACAACAGUUUAUGGCCUGGAGGCAGUUUCCAUGAGCACCUUUCUUGAUUUCUCGAACAAUGCUUUUACCAACCUCAAUGUUUUCUAUACGAUCAUGACCCUUCCUUUUGUGAAGCAUCUUUUGUUGAGGGAAAACCGUAUCUCGAUGUGCACGCCUGGCCGGACUGAUAUCAUUCCAAAAAACAACCAGUUAAUCCACCUGGACCUGUCAAGUAACUUCCUCGAGUUGGUCUGGAUAUCGAAGCAGUGCUGGGAAGUGUUCCAUAACCUGGCUAACCUAACUGUUCUUCUUCUCAACCAAAACUAUCUCACCCAGCUGCCCCAAGAUAUUUUUAAAGGUUUGGAUUCUCUGAAGAGACUCAACUUAUCAUCGAACUCUCUGUCCCAGCUCAGUCAGGACCUGUUUCCCGGCUCUCUUGAAAUUCUCGACCUAUCUAAAAACCGCCUUGUCUCACCCAGUCCAGAUGUGUUCAGUUUUGUGAGUCACUUGGACUUGAGGGAUAACCAAUUCAUCUGCGAGUGUAGUCUCAGGGUCUUUAUCGAAUGGCUAAAUAGCACUGAGGUGGACUUGGCAAAACCAUUAACAGAUAUGUACUGUGUGUCUCCAGAAAAUUUACAAGGGGUACCUCUUAUUUUUCUAAACACUGAUGAGUGUGACGAAGAUGCUAAGGUAGAGGCAAUACAAUUUGCUCUCUUUGUCGUCUUCACGACCAUGUUACUGAUUAUCAUCUCUUGUGUUCUUCUCUACAAUCACGGCAGAGGUUUGUUCUUCAUCUGGUACAAGAGAACAACAAACAAGAUCAUUAAUGGUCAGAGGGCAGAUGGGGAAGAGAAGGACUACAGGUUUGAUGCAUACCUCUGUUUCAGCAGGAAUGACAUUGAGUGGGUGAAGAAUUCCCUCCUGCAGUUCUUGGACUCUCAGUUCAAUGAGAAGAGCAGGCUUCAAAUGUGCUUUGAAGACCGUGACUUCAUUCCUGGGGAGGAUCAUAUUACAAACAUACGUGACGCCAUCUGGAGCAGUAAGAAAACAGUCUGCAUUGUGACCAGGCAGUUCCUGAAGGACGGCUGGUGUGUGGAAGCCUUCAAUAUCGCACAGAGUCGCCUUUUCCAUGAACUGAGGGAAGUGAUGGUUGUGUUGGUUGUUGGUAGGCUCCCUGAUUACCAGCUGAUGAAGUACCAGCCCAUCAGGGCGUACAUCCAGAACAGGCAGUACAUGCGCUGGCCAGAAGACCCACAGGACCACGAGUGGAUCUUAGACAGACUGACCGAUCAAAUUUCACAAGAGGCCAGAAGGAAAACAGAGAAACCUUUCAGCCGCCUGAAUUUCUUCAGAAGGAAUAAGGCAAAUGACAACAUCGGGUUGCAACAGAUUGCGACAGUGGCAAGAUAAGCAAUCCUGUUCAUUGUCUGCAGGAGAUAGUGGCUGCAUGCCAACUGCGAGAUUAAACUCCAUCUCCUUUACAAUGGCUCUUCCAUCCUCUGGACAGUAAAGUGCACCAUCAAUAGGUGACCGCGGCUUCAACACGUGUCUGCUGUAACAUAACGACUACCUCAACAAAUGUGCUUCAGUAAGAUCCAGGUCAGGCAGCCUGCUCUCAACCUCCCAGUACCCUCUGAGUUACAGCCCCACCCAGCUCCCCACCUCGACAGAGACCAGGAGAAGAACAGACGCCCAACUCAUUUCAUAUCCUUCUUGUUAAACUGUCUCAGCCUUCAGCCCCAAUUCCAUCAGACAGGUACUCCAACUUAAAUAAAACAAGGAACUGUGGGAGGCUGGAGACCUGAAACAAAGGCAGAAAUUACUGGAGAAAUUCACCAGCUCUGGCAGCAUCUGUGGGAAGGAAGUACAGUUUGAACAUUUCAGGUCCAAUUCUGAGAACGAGUCACUGCUUCCUUCCCACAGAUGCUGAGUUUCUGCAGUAAGUUGUGUGCUAUUCCAAAUUAGCCAUUCAGACAGUCUGUACUGUCAGGGCACUGCCAGGGGCACUGUCAAGGGCACUGCCAUUCAGACAGUCUGUACUGUCAGGGCACUGCCAGGGGUACUGUCAGGGACACUGCCAGAGGCACUGCUAGGGGCACUGCCAGAGACACUGUCAGGAACACUGUCAGGGGCACUACCAGGGGCACUGCCAAAGACACUGUCAGGAACACUGUCAGGAAAACUGUCAGGGGCACUGCCAGUGGCACCGCCAGAGACACUGUCAGGAACACUGCCACGGGCACUGUCAGAGGCAC